CUCGGACCAGGCAGUGACACACCUUCACUAAAUGUACAAUCUCUGCAGGCGUCAUUUGAUGACGCGGGAAAUUAGCAUCGGAUUAGCAAAAAGGAAUGUAGAUGUUUUGUCAUCCGGGGCGCGAGGGCGAAAGGUGGACUGAGGCGUGACUGAUUUUGGAGUGACAUCGGCGGGCUUGCUGUGGACUGUGCAUGGUAGCCACCAUUAUGCGGGUCCGAAGCUAACCGCGACCUAGCUAGAUAGCCGCUGGUCACAUGAAUUGAGUUUGAUCGGAGACUCGCUUCUUCUUACGGGGAUGGCCGACAGGGAUUUACCCACGGCGGGUCUUCCCUCGCGGUCCCCCUCCUCCUACGGGGACCGCGGUUCUUCCGAUGCGAACGGACACCGCCACCGCGACGACAGCCCGGACGAGACCCUCUCGCCCACCUCGGUGAUUUACUUCAAGGAGGCGUUGAGCUCAGUCAACGUGAGGUUCGGGAAGGCUGGCGGCUCCUCCACGUCCCCCACUCCGUCGCCGCGCAAGUAUGACUUCCACAUCGAGAGUGUCGACUCGAAGCGGAAAAAUCCCAAGGACCCCAUCACCAUCGAGAGGCUCAACCUGAUGAACAUGGCCAAGCUGAGCAUCAAAGGUCUGAUCGAGUCGGCGCUUAACCUGGGACGCACGCUGGACUCGGACUACGCCCCCCUGCAGCAGUUUUUCGUAGUCAUGGAGCACUGCCUCAAGCACGGCUUGAAAACCAAAAAGACCUUCCUGGGCCAGAACAAGUCGUUUUGGGGGGCCUUGGAGCUGGUGGAGAAGCUGACGCCCGAGGCCGGCGAGAUAACUGCCAGCGUCAAAGACCUGCCUGGCCUCAAGACGCCUUUGGGAAGAGGACGCGCUUGGUUACGGCUCGCGUUGAUGCAGAAGAAGCUGUCCGACUACAUGAAGACCAUAAUCAACAGGAAGGACCUACUCAGUGAAUUCUACGAGCCCAACGCUCUGAUGAUGGAGGAGGAGGGAGCCGUCAUCGCCGGACUGCUCGUUGGGCUCAAUGUCAUCGACGCCAACCUGUGCAUGAAAGGAGAAGACCUGGACUCGCAGGUUGGUGUGAUAGAUUUCUCAAUGUACCUAAAAGAUGGCGGCCACAGUAGCAAAAGUGCAGAAGGUGACGGUCAGAUCACCGCCAUACUCGAUCAGAAGAAUUAUGUGGAGGAGCUCAACAGACAUUUGAGCGCCUCAGUAAAUAACCUCCAGGCCAAAGUGGACGCGCUGGAGAAGUCCAACACGAAGCUCACAGAAGAGCUGGCAGUGGCCAACAACAGGAUCAUCACGCUACAGGAAGACGUGGAGCGGGUGAAAGAGGAAAGCUCGUAUCAGAUGGAGUCCAACAGGAAGGCUUUGAGAAGUGACUCUGUGGCAGCGGACGGGCCAGCGCUAGGUGAAACACGCAAGCAGCUCAAGGAGGAGACACUCCUUCGACUGGACGUGGAGAAGGAGCUGGAGGUGCAGAUCGGCAUGAAGCAGGAGAUGGAGCUGUCCAUGAAGAUGCUGGAGAAGGACGUGUGCGAGAAGCAGGACGCGCUGGUCGAACUCCGACAGCAACUAGACGACCUGCGUGUCAUGAACCAGCAGCUCAGCCACAAGUCGCAGAGCGCCGACGCCAGCUCCAAGCAGAAGACCGACGCCAUGGCUCGUCUGGAGGACAAAAUUAGCCAGAUGUCAGGCACCGUCAAACAGAUGGAGAGCAGAUGUAAGCAGGCUGAGCGGGAAAAGGAGGCAGCACUGGAGGCCAACCGCCUCUUCAAGCGCGAGUUUGGGGACAAGAUCGAGAGUCUGGAGGUGGAGCUGGAGCAGCUCCGGAAACACAGGUCCAACCUGGAGGUGGAGCUGAGGAGGGAGCGAGAGCACCACCUCGCCAGCACACAGACCGAGGACCUCCCUCAACCUCACUCAGGAUCUCCAGCGAUGAUGAAGGAUGGCCAAGUGACACCAGAGGAAAAAAGCAGCCCAAACUCCAGCUUGUCCCUCUGCCCAUCUGAUGAUGAAGAGGAGGAUUCUUUUGUGGACAUUAGUGAAGCUUCCGUGUGCAGCAUGUGCGAGCAGGAAGACUCCCUCCUUAGAACAAAGAGACAGUGCAAGAACUGCAGCGGCGUGUUCUGCGAGGGCUGCGUGUCCAAUGAGCUGCCGCUACCGUCAUCCAUCUUGCCCGAGGUGGUGUGCACCGCCUGCUACACUCUCUUACUUCAGCAGUACGCUUCCACAUCGCCAGCAUAAAAAGACGCUUUCCUACUACAACUGGAACUGCAACAUGCACUUUUUGUUUUACAAACCAAAGGCUCUCAUCAUGGAUGCUUACAGUGGACCCCCCCCCCCCCCCCCCAUUUAUCCUGGGGGGAUAUAUUGUGGACCCUCCCUCGACAGGUGAAAAGCCAUGAAAUAGAGAGACCAUAUACAUUUUUCAAAACAAAACAGAAACAACCAUUGUUUAUUUAAACACCAAAAUAUUCAACCAAACCAUAUUAUUUUGUCUAAUAAAAGUCUUAAGGGAAAUUUGCUAGAUUUACAGUAAUUGUAAACCAAACAACUGCGACUUCAAAAGACAAAAAGCAGCAACACGUACAAACAAUUGUUCUGUCUCUUCAUUUGUCAUGCUACAUCUCUUCCAGUAGAGCUCAAUGCUGCCAGGCAUGUUGUGGCACAGUAUGGUACUACACUGAAGGCACAUACUGUAACUCUAAAUGCAGAUUUGCCUGUAUCUUGUAAAAACCCAUUUAAAAAAAGUUCACUUAAAAAUCUGCGUUAUAGUGGGGGCCUGAGCAAUGAACCACAAUGUAGCAGAGGUUCACUGUAUCAAAAAAAAAAAAAAAAAUGUGCCUUUUUGUCUUGUCAUGGAGACAUUUCACCUGGUUGUCAAAAUGAAAAGACUGUUUUAAGGAUGUAAAAGUCAGCCUACAAUCUUUUAACCUCCACUUUUUAGAUUAAAAAAAAAAAGA